AAAAGUUUCCCUUUAACCCAGAUGCGAUAUAUAUGUCAUCGAAAACCGUCGAAAGUACGAGUAAAUAACAGUAACCCAACCAAACCAAUACGGACCUGGAGAGUAUUUAAAAUCCCAAAGCAGAGCGUCUUUAAUCCACGUCGUGUUACAUUUCAUCAUGGUGGAUAGUGUUUACCGCACGCGAUCUCUUGGUGUAGCUGCAGUCGGUCUUCCUGACCAGUAUGCAGAUGGAAAAGCAGCAAAAGUGUGGCAGCUGUACAUCGGAGACACUAGGAGCAGGACGGAGGAGUACAAGACCUGGGUGCUGUCCCUGCUCAGAAAACACGGGGUUCAGAGAGUGCUGGAUGUAGCCUGCGGCACAGGGGUGGAUUCCAUUAUGUUGGUGGAGGAGGGAUUCAACUUGGUUAGUGUGGAUGCUAGUGACAAAAUGCUGAAAUAUGCACUUAAAAAGAGAUGGGAGAGAAGAAAAGAGCCAUUCUUUGAUAACUGGAUAAUUGAGGAGGCCAAUUGGCUUACAUUACCAGAAGAUAUCCAAAAACCUGGAGAUGGGUUUGAUGCUGUUAUUUGCCUGGGAAAUUCGUUUGCUCAUUUGCCAGACUUCAAAGGAGACCAAAGUGAUCAUAAGGUUGCCUUACAAAACAUAGCCAGCAUGGUAAAACCUGGUGGGAUCCUGAUAAUUGAUCAUCGUAACUAUGACUACAUCCUUGAGACUGGCCAAGCACCCCAGGGAAAGAAUAUUUACUAUAAGGUACUCUACAUAUCUUCCAGAUGUCAUUUUGGCCCCCUCAAGGGACCUACUAUCUUACUUCCCAAUAUUCCAGUCCAAACCAGCCUUGUUUGAACAUGGUGGCUAUUCACCAACAAUCCAGAAUAUAAUAUUCAGUGUAUUAUGGCAUGUCAAUGAAUAAAACGGUUUGAAAACUUCA